AGUUCCACUUUGGUAAUGCCACGACAAUUUCCGAUAAGGGAAGUAACAGUUUUGUCUCUAAAUAAAACAAGUGACGUCAGUAGAAUAACACCAACUUCCAAAAUGGCUUCGUUUGGCGAACGUUCAUUUAAUUUGCAAGCACUAUUUAAUUUUGAUCAUCUUGACAGUCGAUUUCAGACUCAUCUUAAGAAUGUCUACAGUUGUUUGGCUUUGGGUAUGCUCAGUGCAGCAUUGGGUGCCUAUACUCACUUUGUGACAGGCUUAGGACAGUGGUACUUCCUAACCUCCAUUGUGUCAAUUGGUUUGAUGAUUUGGCUGGCAUCUACACGUCACUCAAAAGAAGAUGUAGGAAAAAGAGUUGGAAUCUUUACUGGAUUUACAUUUACAUCUGGCAUUUCUCUUGGACCACUUCUUGAGCUAGUUAUUAGGAUUGAACCCAGUAUUGUAUCAACUGCUCUUGCUGGAACAGCAGUCAUUUUUAUUUGCUUUUCUUUGGCUGCACUUCUUACCAAAGAUCGAAUGUUCCUAUACAUGGGCGGCAUUCUGUUUAGUGCUUUGGGAUGGCUGACACUUGCUGGUUUUCUAAAUAUCUUCUUUGGAUCCGAGAUGAUUUUUAAUAUUUAUAUCUAUGGUAUCCUUUUGGUUUUUUCUGGUUUUGUACUCUUUGACACACAACUGAUAAUUGAGAAAAGACGAAGGGGAGAUGAAGACUUUGUUUGGCAUGCAGUAGAUCUAUUUUUGGAUGCCAUUCAAAUUUUCAGAGCUCUUCUGGUCAUUUUGGCCAAAAAGGAGGAUGACAAGAAGAGAAGAAGAAAUUAAUCCAGACUUCUCUCAGCACAGACUUUUUUUCUCUCAUUCAUUUCUUCUAUAUACAUGAAACCCAUCCAGGGAUAAGACAAGAAUAUGUUUAUUACUAAAUCUAAAAUGUACCUUUCAAUUUGUUUUGUAGUUAGCAGUCACUAAGUCUACAUAUCUUAGUAGUGAUUCAGGCAAUUUUUUAACAUAGACAUACAAAGUAUAAACAAGGAUAAAUAUUUUUUUGGCAUAUUUAAUAUCUGUGUGUGAAUACCAAAUGGAAAACAAUAAAAUGCAUAUUGUGUAAAAUAAUGAUGUAACUUUUAUGUUUUCAAUCCUGCUAAUAACCUCUGCUUUGUCUAAUGAUAUACCUGCAUACAUUGCUUGACUUUUCAACAUAAACUGGCUGUUUUGAGAUGUGAAAUUUAAGGAUCAGCCAAUGCUUUUUUUUUUUUCAAUAAUCGUCCCUAAUUAAGUUGACGAGAGAGCUGCUUUCAUUACUGAAAUAAGUCUUAUUCUGAGUUCAAUUUAUGUUUAACAAAGGUAAUGGUUAAACAUUUGUUUAAGUACAGUACCCAAAAUAAAAAUAAAAGAUCAUUGCUUUCAUCUUCUUAUUACAUCUAGUGCCUUUCUAAACCAAACAUCUCAAGAUGUGUAGAAUAAUUGAAUUAGCCUGGACAUUCCGAGGUCAUAUUUAACCAAAACAAGAGCUCUUGCAUGAUAACCUGGUGUGUCGAUUGUGGGUAUUCUGAGAUUAUAUGUAAAAGAGUCAGUAAAAUGUAACUUGGCAAUAUUCCUUGGCUUACCUGAAGCUCAAUGUAUUAGGAACACUUGUACAUUUCAUUAACAAGAAAUUCUAUGAACUAUUUGCCCUUCAUGUCACCAACAGACCUUCAAAUAAAGAUAUUGUCAGUCACUUGUGCAAUGAUGAGUUGAAACUAAAUACCAUAGAAAUAAUUUGUAGUGUUAGUGGCAAUGGUACCACCUGUAUUCAAACACUUGGUUUCAUCUUAAGAAAACAAGGUUAGGUCUGUCCAUCACACAUUGUAGGUCUGAUUAACUUGUUCUUUUUUUCCUGUGAUUUUGACCCUCCUUAAACAUAAUUUUGAAUUUGAUCUUAUAAUGUCUUGUGUAUUUAAGAAAGUCUAUAUUUGAUAUUAUGUUUGCUUGAAAGCAAAGAUACUUAAAUAUACAUUAAAGAAGAGGCAGAAGUCUUGAAGUGUAUUGUCUUAUAACUUUCAUUUCCAAAGUUGUAAGUUGCAAUUGAAACCAAAAAAAAUUAGGGUUGGGCCAACUAUGGAUUGAAUGUCAAUCAUCAUAUGACCAAAAUAAACAAAACAAACUAAACCCAUGAGAUAAUGUGUUAAAACUAUCCACAUUUGGUCACAAGCUUAACAAUUGAAUUCAAUGUGAGCCCAACCCUGAUGGCAAUGCGUUGUUCCCCAAUUGAUUGUACUCUCUUAAUAAAGAUUUCAUUAUUGAAUGUUUUUGUUAAAAUUUUUGGUUGUUGGACACCUUUUUUGGAUUGAUACCUUUUUAAAUGUGUGCAAACAGAACAUACAAAUAUGGUUGGCUUUUGAUGGGCAAAAACAUUGCCUGAUUGGAUUACCAAAGGUUAGCUGUGCUUCAUAGAAUUAAAUCAUAUCAAGAAAAUUCUAUUAAUGAUGUAAAUAAGAUAUUCUCUUAGACUUUCAAGGGUAGAAAAUGAGACAAAUGUAUUGAUCCAAAAAUACAAAACAUUACAACUUUCACUUACUGUACUAAAUGACAAUUUAAAUCUAACUACAUUUAACAAUAUAUCCACUAUUGUCUAUCAAGAGUCAACUGAUUACAAACUUUGUUAAAAUCCUUUGUUGUUUUUUUUUGUUUUGUUUUUGGUCAGUUAUAAACUAAGAAAUUCACGUUCUAUAUCAUUUGUAUGAAUACAUUGUUUUGAGUUGGUUAUUGCUGUGUUGCACACUUUUACAACUGUGUUUGGUUACAUUUUAAGAAUGUUACAAUGUUAUCAUUUUUUUUUUUUUUAUGGAUUGAACUUGCCAAUAUCGUUGUUGUAACUAAUUACACUCAAUAAAAUAUAUACAAAUCCA